ACCUUGCGGAGAGCCGGGUGCUGCUCCAUGUCUCGGGGUGAUCGGCGCUCCGCAGCAGCAGCAGGGUGAGCGCGAGCAGCGAGUCCGGAAAGAAUCAGCAGGGAGCGCGAGACCGAGCAGCGCGAGAGCACCAUGCCCGCACAGAGUAAAGACGACGGGGGCUGGAAGAAGUUCAUGUGGAAUUCGGAGACGCGCGAGGUGCUGGGGCGCACCGGAGGCAGCUGGGCAAAGAUCCUCCUGUUCUAUGUCAUCUUUUAUGGCUUCCUAGCUGGAAUCUUCAUUGGCACCAUCCAGGCCCUUCUCCUCACCUUGAGCAACUACAAACCCACCUGGCAGGACAGAAUUGCUCCUCCAGGGCUCACCCACACCCCUCGCUCAGACAAAUCUGAGCUUUCAUUCAGCGUAAAUGAUGUGGAAACGUAUUUGAAAUACACAAAAUCCAUGAGAGAAUUCCUGGAGGCCUAUAAUGAAGAAACCCAAAGAGACCAAAUGAAGUUUGAAGACUGUGGAGACCAACCUCAAGAGUACAAGCACCGGGGAGAUCUGGAGAGUGAUAUCGGUGCCAGAAAGGCUUGUCGAUUCCAGAGGACUUUUCUUGGGCCUUGCUCAGGCAUUGAAGAUAAGGAAUUUGGCUUUAGCGAGGGAAAACCCUGCCUGAUUGUUAAGCUCAAUAGGAUUGUGAAUUUCAAACCAAAGCCCCCACUGACCAAUGAGUCUAUCCCAGAAGAGGCCCAGCACAAAAUCCAGCGCAAUGUGAUUCCAAUUUACUGCCAUAAUAAGAGAGAAGAAGACGAGGGUAAACUUGGGGAAGUGAAAUACUAUGGCAUCGGAGGAGGCUUCCCCCUCCAGUAUUACCCGUACUACGGAAAGCUCCUGCACCCACAGUACCUGCAGCCUCUUGUGGCGGUCCAGUUUGUUAACCUGACCAUGAACUACGAGCUCCGCAUUGAGUGCAAAGUGUUCGGUGAAAACAUUCACUACAGCGACAAGGAUCGCUACCAGGGACGCUUCGACAUUAAAAUGACCAUCAACAACUAUUGACCUCCGUCGUGAGCGCAGCACCUUUACUCUCUCCCAGUUUUAAGGACCAUCUUCUGACUUGAGAUACACAGGCAUCUGACCGAUCCUCCCUGCUGGUCUUCCACAGUCUCUCGCCGAGGGGAUGCAAAAAAAUAAGUGUCUCACGUCAGAAAGUGGCCUUUCUGGAUAGUUUAGCAGAGGUUUAAAAAAAAGUUUCAAAAACCAGUCCAUACAAAUCCAUCACAUGUGGGACCUGACGUUAUUUGUCUGCUUCAAUGCGAGCUUUCUGCUUCCAUAUAGGGUUAGAAUGUAAAUGCCUGGAGGACUAGCCAUAGCAUAUACUGUUAUACUAAUAAAUGAAAACAAUUCAUGAGCUAAGGGACAUAUUCUUUUUAUUGAAAAGUCCACCAAGAAUGUAGUCAGUACUGUUCUGUCAAUCUAUUACUAUAUAUCCACCACCACGUGUGGGUUUGCUCCACUUUUAAAGUGCACGGUAGUCGCAUAUGUAGGUCGUUCCAAGCCAAGCCAUGUGUGAUUCAGCUUUAUUCAACUGUGCAUAUCUGUAUUCUGUAUUCUUCUUCACCAAAUGCACAAAACACUGCUCCACCUGCAUUUGGAGGUAUUUUAGAGAUGUUAGCUUUCUUUCUCUGUCUCUGUAGUAACAUGUAGGCCUUUAUGUUCUUAAAUAUUUGUUUGUUUGUUCUUUAAAAUCGUUGCGACGGGGAAGAAUUGUGUUUCAUCUUGAUUUCAUCUCUGAAUGUAUGUUGAUAUUGCCUUUAAACAAAAUACUGUAUUGUAAGAACUGAUGCUAUGUGUCUUACUAUGUUUCUUUUCCUCUGUCUGCCUUUGGUCUUACAUCACACAGUGUGGUGUAUCGCUCACAAGAAUGUUUUAAAUAUUUAUGUAAGGAGAUCCAUUUAUGUAAUUGCACAGGAAACAGGUUUCUGCAGGAAACCUUUCUGUGUAAUAAUACCAAAACCAUUAUACUGGUGAUAUUAGACGCAUUAUUAUCAUUGUGACGCCCCAUUCUGUAGAAUGUUUUGUAGAUGUGUGCAGUCGGUGUCUACCAUCAAACAUCUGCCAUAUCACAUGAGUCCCUUUAACUCCAAUGCUAAAACUAGUCUGUGCUUGGUUUCCCAAAAGUACAGCUUAACGAUCAUUCUAAGAUGGUAAAAAUGAGCAUAUAUUUAAAUAUUCUCUCUGAAAGAGGACGCACAAUGAUCUGAAUAAUGCUUUUGGGAAACAUAGCUCUCAAGAGAAUUAACCAAAAUAAAAAUACAAAUAAACGUUAA